CUCUCUGCUGUUUUCUCGUCGUCCAAGCCCACACCCAUUUCAUUCAAUUCUAGCACCCACUACCACUACCAUGUCUACCAACACGAACAACAACGGCAUUGCCAUCCCCACCGCUGGUAGUGGCUACCUCGGUGUCACCGGUGAUGGUGUCAAGAUUGAGCAGCUUGCGAUGCGCUCCAUGGAGGAGACCGGCGCUGCCUCUGUCACAGUCGGACUCUACUUUCAGGGGCCUGGCCUUGAUCAUCCCACCCAAGUCACUGCAGUCAUCGACCGCGAGGGCAACCUUCGCGUCAUCGAUCGCACCUCCGACACCGCCCCUGCCAACAACAGCAACAACUAGUUCCAUCGACUGGUCGUCGCGUGCCAACCUUGGCGGAAAGAAUUGAGGAGACUUGUGUCGGGCUGAUAGCAGCAGUGGGAGGAAUGGAGCAAAGGACAUAGCUCAAUACGAAUCAUCCACGC